AUGGCCAUCCACUUUCAGAGGAUUAUUCCUGCCAAGCAGAUCCUGAGACGCAUUCUUCCAUCUGCAGAGUCCACAAAUGUGCCCAAAGGCCAUGUUCCUGUCUAUGUUGGAGAGACUCAAAAGAAGAGAUUUGUGAUUCCAAUUUCAUACUUGAAGCAUCCUUCAUUCCAGAACUUGCUAAGCCAGGCUGCGGAAGAGUUCGGGUUUGACCAUCCCCUAGGUGGUUUCCGUGUUUAUGAGAACUCCAACAAGCUUCAGACAUGUACCACAGAAGUCAUGGGUUUUGGUUUGCCUGGGAUGUUUGCUGCUAAGCAGGGUGCAGAAUCCAAAAAUGUGCCAAAAGGCUAUUUUGCUGUUUAUGUGGGAGAAGCCCAGAAGAAGAGGUUUGUGGUUCCAAUCUCAUACUUGAAGAACCCUUCAUUCCAGAACUUGUUGAGUCAGGCUGAAGAAGAGUUCGGGUUCAAUCAUCCAAUGGGAGGUCUCACAAUCCCAUGCACAGAAGAGGCCUUCAUUGAUGUUACCAGUGGUUUGAACAGCUCAUAA